UGAAAUGAAAACAACAUAUUGUUGAUUUGCCGCUAGCGAUAAACAAAAAAACAAAAAAAUUCACAAAUAUUAUGAAAGCAAGAAAAUGAAACUGUAAAGAAUGUAAUAGAACAGAUAAUUUGUGAAUGCAACAAAUAAGACAAGAAAGAUUUCAUCUUGGAAGGAAAAAAAGAGAUUUUGUUAUUUUUAUACACAAAAAAAACCUAAGGAAAAUAACAAGAAAAUCCUCUGUAAAGUUGAGCGGAAUUCAAAUUUGUAAGACAAAAAAAAAGCCGUAACCUAUUUUUAUGCUGAAAAUCUAUGUGGAUUUAUUUUACCUCCACCCCGCAACUCCCUAAACCCCACCAAAAAUAAACAAUAAAAUCCAACUCGCAUUUUAAUUUAUACAAAUGUUACAAACAACUAUAAAAACAACAUGACAAUGGCAUUUUCAACAGACAGCCUUAAUGGUAUUAACGUAAAUUCAAUCGCAACAACAGCCACAGCAACAAAACAACAAAUGAACAAUAAUGAUUUAAAUCUGGACAAAAUUUUACGAGCAACAGCCUCGGCAACAGUGAAAUUUCUCCUGAAAAGAAAUGCCCCAACAGAUAACAACAGCAAUAAUGUUAAUACGCAACAAAAUGAUGUUAUAGUCCAUGGUGAUGAUGAACAUGCUUAUGAUGGCAAAACUGAAUAUGCAACAACAGCCGCCAAUAAUCUUUCAGCUACAAUAACAUCGAUACGUUCCAAUGUUAACAAAGUUUUGUAUAUGUAUUUUCAAAAUAAAACUGCUGCAGCAGCUGAUAAUGAUGCUUUUGUUAACAAAUCGAAUAAGGCAGUUGACUAUGAUGAUCCCAAUGUAAAUUUGACACGAUUGUCCAUAAAUGAAAAUCCUCUAGCUACAAACUCUACGGCCCUGUCAAGAAUAGCAACAAAAAUAACUUCUCAUAUUUUACAAAAUUCCACCCACAACAAUAGUAAUCUAAACCACAUAACAGCAGCUGCAACAACAAUAACAACAACGACAGCAACAACACCUUUAAACAACAGUAAUAAUUUUAAUCAAGAACAAGAACAACAUAACAGCAACGUGAUAGUAACAACAAUGACCCACUUAAAUGAGUUUCUAAAUGCCACCACAACAACAGCAAUGCCCUCUAAUACCACAUCAAGCAUUUUAGAAACAACAAUAACACAAGCAGCAACAACAACAACAGCAAAUGCUACAAUAACACCAAGCAUAACAUAUCCUAGUAUAGCAAUUAAUAGUUACGAAAAUUGUUCAGCUCUAUUUGCCAACUAUACACAACCACAACAAGGUUUAUUUUGCAACUGGGUGUGGGAUAGAUAUCUAUGUUGGCCUCCCACACCGGCUGGUGUUUUGGCGCGUAUGAAUUGUCCUUCGGGUUUUCAUGGUGUCGAUGAGAAAAAAUUUGCACAGCGUCAGUGUGAAAUAAAUGGUCAUUGGGGUAGUAAACCGAAUGAUACUUAUAAUCCUAUUGGUUGGACUGAUUAUAAUCCCUGUUGGAAACAGGAAGUUAAAACUUUAAUGGAUAAAGUUUCAAAUUUGGAGCUUGUACUUGAAAUAGCAAGACGUACACGUACCUUGGAAAUCGUUGGCCUUAUCUUGUCUCUGGUGGCUUUAAUUAUAUCCUUAAUUAUAUUUUGUAAUUUUCGUUCAUUACGCAAUAAUCGCACUAAAAUCCAUAAGAAUUUAUUUAUGGCCAUGGUCCUGCAAGUUGUGAUACGUUUGACAUUGUAUUUAGAUCAGGCAUAUCGGCGUGAUAGCCAGGAGACGACUAGUAAUAAUAGUAUGUCGGGUAUUGAGAAUACGACCCCUGUUAAAAUUAUGAAAUAUAACCAAGUGAUGACUAAACUCUAUAUAGUAUUUAAAUAA